GGUGAAAUCAGUUUCGUACAUGUAUGUAUCAUUUCUGACGCCCAGGCAUUUAAUAAUGGUUUGAUGCGGCACCGUGACCUUCCGACAGGCAGGCCAGUUCGACCAUCAAACGAUCAAGUGCAGUGCACUCACCGCCCUCAGUGAUAUUGAUCCUUCUUUGGAAGUCCGGAACAAUCCACUGGUACUAUUUCAAGAUGCGACGAGACAGCCUGAGCGGGCUAUUACACAAUGGAACUGCUUCCUGUUCCCCGUUCGGUGUCGUCGUGCAAUCGAUCGUAAUUAAGCGCCCUAGGGCCAAACCCUGUACACCAGGCACAAGCGGCUCUUGUUCAUGUAGGGUUACUAUCAUUCGACUGUUAUGCAAUAAUACAGCCGCAUCCUGUCGAGUACAUCACUCGGGCAACUCUUUCUAGAUGAAGAUGGAAGCCGGUUUGAUUUCGUCUCUAGCAGUGGGUAUUGUUUGCCGUGCCCAGAUCGGUUAGUUUUGAUGGACAGCAUCACUUGCGACUUUGUAUUUCUCUGCCCAAGAAGCUAUCCAGCGCCUCUGGGUGAAGCGAGUUGCCAUAAUGAAGUUCCGCCACACUAGCUCUAUGUGUAGUACGUGUGGCAGUAUCAACAUACGCGAAAUCGUCCAUGUUGAUGUCACAUGCACGUCCGCUCUGAUUGUGGCGCAUUUACAUGUUGAUGACGAGGGCUCUGCGAGUUAUUAUAAUGAAUACCUUUACUCAGUAAAAGCCGGAGAAUUUUACGCAGACGUCAUAGAGGAUCUCAUCGUGACCACUCGCCGUUUAUGGGCCCUGUGGAUAGUGCCGCGAUAGCUAGAAGAGACUCGACCCCGGAGAUAUCGUAGCGAAGGACCGUUUUACGCACCCUUUUUCAACAUCUUUCCUUGCAAAGAGAGUAGAUCUACAUUUCGGACGUCAUGCUAAAAAAUCAGUCGAGACCAUCUUCGCCGGAGAAAGGGCAACGAGUCCGCAUGCAAUACGUUCGAGUUCCCUUUUUGUGACCUGUUCGUAAGAAUAUGAUUAGCUUCCUUUGUAUCGAGUGACUUUAUCCAUGUUUACUAUAUGAUACUUUCCAUCAGCU